GCACAGUUCAUUACACACCGUUGACACGAUCGGUGAUCAUCUUCCGUUCACAUCUCACCUGUAAGAAACCACCACAAUCAGUUGCUACCUAACCAGUGGGGAAUGAUGAGUUGCUAACAUCUCUCUUAGGCAAAAUAUCACACAUUAAUCAACACCAAUCCCAUCGUGUUUUGUUACUUGAAACUUUCUCAGUGAUCUUCAUACGAUCUUAGAGUGAUCUUCGUAUGCACUUGGUGUGAUCUUGUGCUGAGUUAAUCUGCAUUGUGUUUGUUGGUGCCACAAAAUGAAGUUAUUCCUUGUGAUUGCGAUCUUCACUGUCGUCUUCUGGGGUCAAACAGUCGCCAGACCCAGCAGUUUCGAGAUAGAAAAACAUCAUGUGGUGGAUAUAUCGAGAAAUUUCAAUAUCACCGCAAUGAAUUCAACAGCAAAGAUCGAUGAAACGAGGAGGAUACUCAAGGAAAUUGACAGGAUAAAUCAAUCUCUCGGGUAUACAAAGAAAAAUCUCGCAAGAUCAGAUGCUCAGCGUCUUGGGGAUUCACUUUUCUUCCCCAAAACCCCAUUUAGUCCUCCGGGAUUGCGGAGAGACACAAAAUCCUCCCCAAUUGUGGAGGUAGUAGCUGCACGGAAGGCAGAGGAGCAUUCACCGGGGCAUAGGGUAAAGUGGAAGGGUCAAGAUUCGAGGAAGAAGGAACUGCGUCAGAGUAGGAGUGAAGGAAUUAAAUUCCUAGUCAUCCCCAUUGAUCCUUCUCUGCUGACGAUCACGAGUAAUUCCAGGAGGAUCAUUGAAUUUUUUCCCCAUUACUCAGCACGUAGUGCGAGGGUGUCAAAGAAGUGGAAUAAGAAGUCGCCAAAAAGUCAGAAAAAAGCUGAAUAUGAGAAAAAUGAAGCGAUCAAGUUGAAGCAGAAUAAUUUAUUUGAUGUUCUAAUUGACGAAAUGGUGGAUGAUGAUGAAGAUGAUGAGGAUUAUGAUGUUCCAAAAGAGAAGGAAAAUUCAUCGAGUUUGCCAUUGAUCAGCAAUGAUCAGUAUAUUAAUGAUCUAUACAAAGAUAUAUGGAUUAAGCCGUACAAGAAGAGGGAACUUGAGGAGAAAAAGGAGGAAAAAGAGGAAAAAGAGGAAAAGGUUAAUGAGGAUGAUAAGGAAGUGAAGUUCCCAACUUUGAUUACAACUAAGAAACCCAAGCCACAUACGACAAAACCACCUAAACCUAAUAAACCCAAAACAACGACAAAAAAGCCACCAACAAAGAAACCAACACCAACAACGUCUACCGAAGUGCCCAAUCCGGAGGAUCUCAAAUCCCCAUUUGGAGCACUCUUCAGACCAGCUAGUGAGCAACUUAAGGACAAUGGUGGUGGUAUUAUAAUUCAGAGACUGAAGGUUCGCAAAGGCGGUAUUGCCAUUGCCGGGCCAGGAGGUGUAGCUACAGCAGGGAGUGGCGGGACUGCCAUUGUUGGUCCAGGUGGUAUUGCAUUCACCCACCCCAGAGGACUGACGAUCGCAGGUCCUGGUGCCAAAGUGUACUCAGUGCCUGAGACAACGGACUUAGAAGCUGUGUCAAUGAAUGUAACUGCAUCAUCGAGAAAUUUUCCCUUUCCCACCGAGAUAGUAGCAACAGGUCCAAUUGUUUACUACAAUCCUGGGAAAUGAAUAAGCAAGGAUUUGAGAGGAUUACUCUUGCCAAAAAUACACAACAAGACACACAAACAUAAUAAAAAAAAUAUCAGAAAAUA